CUUUCUACUCUUUGCCCUAUACUAUUUCAUAUCAGAAAAUCAUGUAUUUCAGAUGGUUUAGGACUAAAAAAAUUGAUUUUAAAGCACGUCCUUAUUCCAUACGUGCAUCUCCUGUCUCUUUAUUCCCUUUAUCUCGCUUUAGCCGGAUAUAUAAUCCUCAUGACUCUUUAAGAAUUGAAAAAUUAGGAAAAACUCAUGAUGAAAGAUCUAGGCAGGUAGAUGUCCACUUAAAAGAGGAUCCUUAUGGUGUGUUACGUCAUAAUGUAGCUCUGCUUAAUAUUCUUGGUAAUCCAACAUUGGUAAUUCAGCGGAAAAUGGAGAUGAUGAAUGUUUUUUUUGGAUUUGAACAAGCAAAUAAGUAUAUUGUUAUGGAUUCAACAGGGAAACAUGUUGGAUAUAUUGCAGAAACAGGAGAUCAAUCAAUAACAAAGAUUUUUGCACGUCAAAUACUUAGAACAAAUAGAGCCUUUAAGGCACAUAUUUUAGAUAGAGAAGGAAAUGAAGUUCUUCUUAUUGAAAGGCCAUUUUCAUGGAUAAAUUCUAAAAUUAGGGUGAUAGAUCGUAUGGAUAGUUCAUAUCCUAUUGUUGGUGAAGUUCAACAGCAAUGGCAUGCCUGGAGACGGAAAUAUAAUCUUUUUCUUAAAAGAGAUGAUAUUUUUUCUCAAUUUGCAUAUAUAGAUGAGCCAUUAUUUUCAUGGGAUUUUUCAUUAAUAGAUCAGGAGGGUGGAUUAAUUGGCUCUGUUAAUAGAAAUUUUAUGGGUUUACUUCAGGAAAUGUUUACAGAUACAGGGAAUUAUGUAUUACGUAUGGAUUCAGUUUCUGCGGAAACAAAUGAAACAACCGCUUCUAAAGAGCUUAUAAAUAUAAAUGGAAGAACGGACGCUUUAGUUCCUUUAAAAAGAGGGUUAACAUUAGAUGAAAGGGCAGUAAUUUUAGCAACUGCAAUAUGUAUUGAUUUUGAUUAUUUUUCUAAAUUAUCAAAAGGUGGUGCUGGCAUUGGUUCUUUUUUUCCAUUUUGGUUUCCUAUAUUUGGAGGAGGUACACAUGAUAACCCUACCGAACAACCAGAAUCUACAUCUACUUCAGAAGGUCAAGAUUCAUCUCUUCCUUCUAACGAUGAGCCUUCUAAGCCCGAAGAAACUGAAAAAAAAUGGUGGGAUCUUUCGUCAAAUAAUGAUGUAUGGGGUGAAGGAGAUCAGGAUCCAUGGAAUGAUUCAAAUCAAAAUCAGGAUAAUGAUUCAUGGGGAGGUUUUUUUGAAGAAGACGAUUAAUUAUAAAAAGUAUCAUAUAUAUUAAGAUUUUAAAUAUUUUAUAAG